UGACGCGGUCACGUGGGGGGCUUUGCGGCGCGGCCGGCGGGCGGGCGGGCGAUGUGUCAGCGGCGGGGUGUGCGCCGCCUGUCAGCCCAGAGUGGGAGCCGGCCGGCUGGGGGCGCCUCGCAAUGGACGGUGCAUGUGGACCUGUAUUGAUAGUCUCUGAUCGAAGUGAAAUACAAGCUCUUGGAGAUGAACAUCCUGAAGACAGAAUUUAUCAACAAAAAGUACAGGAUAUCAGUAAAAAGUAUGCUUUCUUCAGAAGGACACUUGGUGAUGGAAACUGCUUUUAUCGGGCACUCAGCUUUGCUUAUCUGGAAUCAAUGCUUGGAAACAACAAGGGAAUCAAAAAACUUAGACAGAAUUUAAUACAGAGUAGAGAAGACCUUCUAGCUGCUGGAUUUGCUGAAAAAACAUUUGAAAAUUCUUUCAGCACUUUUCUGGAUGUGAUUGACCUGGUAGAAACGGAUGGUUCGGUCUCCCAGCUGCUUGCUGUUUUCAAUGAUCGUGCUGCUUCAGAUCACUUAGUGCAAUAUCUUCGACUACUAACAUCCGCAUACUUGCAGAAGCAGUCUGGCUUCUUUGAAUUUUUCCUCGAGGGAGGCAUAAGUAUUAAAGACUUCUGUGCUCAGGAAGUGGAGCCAAUGGCCGUGGAAAGUGACCAUAUUCAUAUCACUGCACUGACCCAAGCCCUGGAUAUAUCAAUCCAAGUGGAAUAUAUGGACAAAACAGACUCUGAAGUCAACCACCACAUCUUUCCAGAGGGAUCUAAACCUUUGAUUUACCUACUUUACAAACCAGGACAUUAUGAUAUACUUUACAAAGCAAGCAAUACCAAAUAGUCUUCAUUUCACCUUGCAAUUAUAAGUUUCAUGCUCUGAGCCAUGGUUGUUUGGGGGUGUUCCUGUGGGGGUGGGGUAGGUAAAAUAAUCAAUGUAAACAGAAUCUUUUGCCAUUUUCUGACAUACCAAAUUAAUGUAUAUUCCAACCACUGAGUGCAUUUAAAUUUUUGUCUUCGAUAUUAGUGUACAGUCUAUACCAAUUUAAUACACCCUUGCAGAAAAUACUUGGUUAGUUUCAAUCAUGCUGUAAGUUGCGUUAUAAACUCUACAUCUAUCAGUCUAACAUCUUUUUUCGAACAGGAUUGAAUUUUUUUUUGUUCAUGCAGGAUUUGUGGAUUGAGAUACCUCCCUUGUGCCUCCUCAAAUCAAUAGAGAACAACAUUUCCACUGGGA